GCCGUUUUCGCGAACCGGGAUCGUGGAGCAGUGAUUCGCAGUUUCGCACGUGUAUGUCUCUCCAUCGUUAGUUACUCUCUCCCGUCUUCCUCCAUCCACGCCAUUCUGAUUUCCCCCAGACGUUCAAUCGCUCGACGAAGGAGGAGAAAUUCACGCCGGAGUUCAGCCUGAAGCACUCGAAGCUCGAUCGAGGCGAAGCCGGAAAAUGUCGAGUGCGUUGAUAGUCGGUGAUGCGAGCUCCUGGGCUCGAGCGCUCGUUAGGAUCUCUCCUUACACUUUCUCCGCCAUCGGUAUCGCCAUCUCCAUCGGAGUCUCUGUCCUCGGUGCCGCCUGGGGGAUCUACAUUACUGGGAGUAGCUUGAUCGGAGCCGCCAUUAAAGCUCCUCGGAUCACCUCUAAGAAUCUCAUCAGUGUAAUCUUUUGUGAAGCCGUUGCCAUAUAUGGUGUUAUCGUGGCAAUCAUCCUGCAGACGAAGUUGGAGAGUGUUCCGGCUUCACAGAUAUAUGCUCCGGAAUCCCUUAGAGCUGGAUAUGCAAUUUUUGCAUCUGGGAUUAUCGUUGGCUUUGCUAACCUUGUUUGCGGGGUGUGCGUGGGAGUUAUAGGAAGCAGCUGUGCCUUGUCUGAUGCCCAAAACUCCUCACUUUUUGUGAAGAUUCUCGUGAUUGAGAUCUUUGGUAGUGCUCUUGGAUUGUUUGGGGUGAUUGUGGGCAUAAUCAUGUCUGCUCAAGCUUCAUGGCCUUCCAAAGUGUAAGAAUGUGUUCGUGCAACUAUUUAAGAAUCGAGUUAUCCCGAAGUGCAAUAUCUUAUGAUCCCCAAACUGUACUAUGUAUCUUAUUCUUUGAAUGGUUGUGAGAACUUGUACGCAAAUGAGGCCUUUUUGUAAAUUAGUUUCAUCCAGCUUGAAUAAACCCUAGGGCAAUGGAGUUAUUGAUCAAAUUCCAUUGCAAUGCUCCAGUUUAGCAAUAAUCCCCGUUCCCUAAUAGUGACUUUCCAGACCCUAGAAUAUUGAUAGUCCUACUUGAAUACCGCCACAUAAACAGUUUUAGCAAUUACUUUACUAGAUACGCAUAGCCACAUUACCUUAGCAAUGGGUUAUUUUUACUAAUGGAUGCUCUUACAAAUCCAGAUGAUUGCUCUUACAGUACAGAUUACUGGCGUGGAUAACUUGAUCACCAGAGCUACAUUACCAAUAACCAAAUCAAUGCAGAGAAAGAGGAGCACUAGAAAAUAAGGGCAUGUUUUUCUGCUGAAUCUCUUCACAAUCCACCGAUCUAGCUGCCUUUGGAUCAAAGAGCUUCCAAUCAGGAACACUCAACCGUUGCUUGAUCCUUCCCACAUGCCGCGAAUGGAUGACCUGCUUGGAAAUCACCGGCAAACGAAUCUGCUGAUACUCAUCGAGACCCGAGCUCAAAUUCUCAACCCCCGACUUCUCGACGCACUUCCCUAACACUGCUGCAUCUAGAAUUGACAUGUUCGUGCUUCUCAGGCAGUGUGGAGUCGUAGGGUGAGCUGCAUCACCAACCAACACCACAUUGUCCCAGAAGAGCUUCUCCAAGGGCUCACAAUCAUAUAUCAAGUUCAGGAACGGCUCCUUUGUCUCCGCCAUAACUCUCACCAGUUCGGGAGUCCAAACUUGCUCUGCUUUCUGGAUCAUGUCUUGGAUCAUCUCCUUGCUUACUUUCAUCGUCACUGAACUCCCCUUCAGUUCGGGCUGUGGAUGAUGAACGUACCAAAUCCAAUUCAGCCGCUUGUUGAGAAGCUCGUAGAAGACGCUGUGAGUUCCCCUGGUGCUUAGAUCGAAAUACAAACACUUACCCAGAUCGGGAUACGCUCUACGAAUGCCUGUAAUGGUGUCGGAAUCUUCAUUCUCUGAGAAAUCAAGCACGCCUCUCCAUGCGCAGUAACCGGAAAACCUCAAUUCCAGGUCAGGGAGGAAAGCCCGACGAACGGCGGAGAGACACCCAUCAGCGGCCACAAGCAAAUCCCCAGUAAUCUCGACGAUCUCCCCGGUUUGGAGAGUUCUGGCCUGAACAGAGACCGAUGGUUUCGAGUUAUCCUGAGAAAUGCUAAAGGAGAGGAAGAGAUGGCCCCAUAGAAACGAAGCUGCUUCCGGAGGCAAAGCAGUGUACAGGAGGUGGUGAAGAUCAGUCCAGUGAGCUGCUCUGAAAUUGAACUCUUCGUCUCUGGCAAGCACCCAACUGGAUUUCGUUUCAGCAUCGGUCGCCUGGUUCUGGUCGAUGGUGAGAGGGAGAGUGGAUUGGUGGAGAAGGUCUGGAACAGGAAGCCAGGAAGCGAUGAUUUGGCGCGACUGAGGGUCGAGUCCAAGUCCGGCGCCGGUUGCGCUGCCGGUAGGUGGACCGGGUGAUUUCUCGACCACCGUCACUUUCCAUCCGGCGUGGAUUAGGGAGUGGGCGCAGCAUACUCCGGCGAUGCUUCCACCGACAAUUAUUGCCUUCGGCAUCUUCUUUUCCUACUCUUCUUGCCUUCCCCAAUUCCCACCGAUCAGUUGACAGUUGGCGGUGUUUUGUUUAACGGAGUACUGGUUUUGGGCCACUCUUCAUUAUUUAGACCAGUGGGCCCAAUAUGGCCAGGCCCACAACACACGAGAAAGCUGGCUGGAUACGCCUCUUCUCUUCUUCUUCUUCUUCCUUCUCUUGUCCCCAAAAGACAGAUCCCGACGAACAGCAGCAGCUAGCGAGGCCGCCGCGGGUUUAGCCAAAUCUAGGACAAAAUCUCCAGAAUUCUUACGCAGGCGGAGGCUUUUGCUCCGCCGCCGACUCACUUUCCUUCCUUAUUUCGGCUGGAACAAAAUCUCAAAUGGGGGCGGGCCGGGAGAUGUCGAUAUCGUUAGAUGGCGUGCGGGACAAGAACGUGAUGCAGCUCAAGAAGCUCAACACCGUCCUUUUCCCCGUCCGUUACAAUGAAAAGUACUACACCGACGCUCUCGCUUCCGGCGACUUCACCAAACUCGGUACUGAAUGAGAUUUUGUCCCCAAAUUGUUUCUCCGACUCUACUGAUUGGGCUCCUAGGUUUUUCCUUUUCGCGGUUUUUUGCUUCUGCGUGUGGUUUCUUGAUCGAUUGUUUCGCUCGUUUGGUGUUCGGGGUUGCUGGUUGUCGUUAGGGUUUUCUGUGCCCCUUUGAACUGGAAACGGGAAUAGCUAUGUACAGAACAAAGCCUGUAUGCUUAGGCAAUCUUCUGAAACUGUGAUUUUCCAAAUGCUUCUACUUGGGUCAUUGUUUUGGCUAGUGUGUCGUAUUGAUGAACAGCAGUAAGGGAGAGUGAAUGCUUGGGUUGGGUGGAGCCCUUUCUUGAACUUGCAUGGUUUUCAUUCAUAUCUUUGAGCUUGUUUUAGCUCUUAGUAGACUCUACUUCCUGACUGUCUUAGGUUGAAGAGGGGUUCCCUUAGCUCUUUGUUGAUUUUAAUGUCUUUAAUUAAAGUUGAAGGCUUUUUGUGUCAAAGUGUUGAUCAAUGUUCCUAGAUGCUAGGAAUCCACUUGGGUUUGCUCCUCCAUCCAUCCAUUUUGUCUCACCCAACUCUUGGUGUGGUCUCCUUGUUCAGCAUAUUACAGUGAUAUCUGCGUUGGUGCCAUCGCAUGUCGCCUGGAGAAGAAGGAAGGCGGUGCUGUCUGUGUUUACAUCAUGACCUUGGGCGUGUUAGCUCCGUAUCGUGGGCUAGGCAUUGGCACGAAACUGUUGAAUCACGUUCUUGAUCUCUGCUCGAAGCAGAACAUUCCCGAGAUAUACUUGCACGUGCAGACAAACAAUGAAGAUGCUAUCACCUUCUACAAGAAGUUUGGGUUCGAUAUUACGGAGACCAUCCAGAACUACUACACGAACAUUACGCCGCCAGACUGCUACGUUGUUAAAAAAUUCGUUACUCCUGAGACAAAGAAAUGACAUGGUUGAUGGGUUUAGAGCUAGUUGGCAUCCCUCAGCAGUAAAUUUAUAGUUUUUGAGUUUUGUAUCUUGUUACUGCGGGGUUAAGGUGGUGGUUCGCCAUUGUUGAAGGUUGGUUCUUAGCUGUCACUUGAGUCAUUGUAGUGCAAGAAGGACCCCCUAAAAAUUUUGUAUUGGAUUUUUUUGUAUUGUUCAAGCAAGCGCUGGCUGGCACACUGAACUCCUUUCUUCAGAUUGUUUGAAUUUCUGGUACUUAAGGUAUUCAAAGAGAUUUUUCUUUUCAGUUUUACUGCUUUCAGGAUGGUGGUAUUGGUUGUUUGGAUUACAGUCAAAGCAAUCAUCCUCUUCUGGCGAUUGCCUGUCACCCAUACCCGCUUGCUUGAACCGGUUCUUUUUCAAAGUUACAAAAAUCACAUCACAAAUAUACUAAGUAGAAACAAUAAUGUCGAUCAUUGGUGAUCUGGAAUCGAACAUAUACCUCUUCCACUAACAAGCUGCUCAUAAUGUUCUUCUCCUUACGAACCAAAGUUAAAUUUAUCUGAAGUAGAUAAAGAUAAGGUAUCAGGACCGGCUUCUUCUGAGAUAAGAGUCAAGUACUUGUGUAGAGAAGAUACACGUCAAGGAUCUCUCAUUAUCCCGUGAAGUAUCUUGCUCCUGGACCUGGACCUGGAGCAGAGCAUUGCAUUCUUUACAGCCAAUUUCCAACAGUGCAAGUGGAUCUAGUAGAACAAACCAAGGAGAAGAUAAACUAGAAUCCGAAUUUACACAAGUGUUCAGCAAUUUCUCAG